AAGUUAUCUUGGUAGGAACCUGAUACCCUUAUUGUCAUCUCAGCAAAUACUUUUUGUGCCACAAGGAAUUGUGAUGUGUUUUUAUGGGAUUGCAGGUCUGUUCAUUAGCUCUUAUUUGUGGUGCACUAUUUUGUGCAAUGUGGGUAGUGGCUAUAAUAAGUUUGAUGAAAAAGAAGGAGUUGUAUGCCUUUUUCGCUGGGGAUUUCCCGGAAGAAAUCGUCGUAUUUUCCUUCAAUUUCGUAUGAAGGAUAUUCAGGCGAUCAAAAUGGAAGUUCAAGAAGGUCUUUUUCCUCGUCGUGUUCUUUAUAUGGAAAUAAAGGGCCAACAAGACAUCCCCUUAACUCGUACUGAAGAAAAUUUGACCCUGCGUGAAAUGGAACAGAAAGCUGCCGAAUUAGCCCGUUUUUUGCACGUAUCCAUUGAAGGUAUGCAAAAUAGAAAAACUUAUGAUGACUGGGUGAAAAAGUGGAUAACUCAAUCAAUUUCCGUCUUAAUAAUGAUAGAUAUAAUGACUCGCACAUCUUUUGCAAAUGCAUAUCCCAUUUUUGCACAGCAAGCUUAUGAGAAUCCUCGAGAAGCAACUGGGCGUAUUGUAUGUGCCAAUUGUCAUUUGGCUAAAAAACCUGUGGAGAUUGAAGUUCCACAGUCCGUGCUUCCUGAUACUAUUUUUGAAGCAGUUGUUAAAAUACCCUAUGAUAAGCAAAUAAAACAAGUUCUUGCUAAUGGUAAGAAAGGGACUUUAAAUGUAGGAGCUGUUCUUAUUUUACCCGAAGGUUUCGAAUUAGCUCCUCCGGAUCGUAUUUAUCCUGAGAUUAAGGAAAAAAUAGGUGAUCUUUAUUUUCAAAACUAUCGUCCCAAUCAAAAAAAUAUUCUAAUAAUAGGUCCUAUUCCUGGUCAAAAAUAUAGUGAAAUUGUAUUUCCUAUCCUUUCACCAAAUCCCGCUACUAAUAAAGCAGCUCACUUCCUGAAAUAUCCCAUAUAUGUAGGUGGUAAUAGAGGAAGAGGACAAAUUUAUCCCGAUGGGAGCAAAAGCAACAAUACAGUCUAUAACGCUUCAGCAAUGGGUAAAGUAAGUAAAAUUGCGCGUAAAGAAAAGGGUGGAUAUCAAAUAACUAUUGAUAAUCCAUCAGACGGUCGACAAGUGGUUGACUUUGUACCUCCGGGACCGGAACUUCUUGUUUUAGAAGGCGAAUUCACCAAGGCGGAUCAGUCGUUAACGAAUAACCCUAAUGUGGGUGGAUUUGGUCAGGAAAAUGCAGAAAUAGUACUUCAAGAUCCUUUACGUGUUCAAGGUCUUUUAUUAUUCUUAGCAUCUGUCGUUUUAGCACAGAUAUUUCUGGUUCUUAAGAAGAAACAAUUUGAGAAAGUUCAAUUGGUCGAAAUGAAUUUUUAGGCGCAUAAAAGUGAAUCUCCAUCUUAUGGAUGAUUCAUGCAAUUAUGUAAAUAAAAAUUGCAAUAAUAAAGUCAUACUUUUUCGGAGCCCUUCAUUUGCCCCUUCCCUCUGUUCGAAUAUAUUGAUUGAUUGUGAAGAAUGAGGAGAUAUAAAGAAUAUGUGCAUCUUUAAUAAUGAGUGAUUCAGGAACAAACUUGUUAAACAGUGAGUUCCCUAGUUAUGCGCGACAUUCAAUAUUAUAUAUAUGUUAUCUUUUUUCACCUUGAUUUAUCAUAUUCAAAAUAAAUAAAUCAAAGCAUAAAUAGAAGGAAGGAGAG